AUGCCUGUGGUGAUAGAGGACAAGUGGUCGCAGCUCCCGCCGGAGCUCUUGCACCUCAUUUGCCGCAAGCUGCCUGACACGGGCAACUUCAUACAAUUUCGUGCAGUGUGCACGUCAUGGCAAGAUGGUGCCCCUCUAUCCGAUCCACCUCCACAGCUCCCUUGGAUUCUCGAGCAUCGUGGGUCCAAACUCCAAGCUAGACGACAUCUCUGCUUCUACAGCCAUAGCUCUGGUAAGAUGUAUUGCGUUCUUGUGGGUGCUCGCUCUUCAUGGCUCCUCGGGAGUGGUGCGUUCCAAGGUCAUGUCAUCGCCAUUGCCGACCUAGCCAAGACCAUGUUGUACAACCCAUUCACGAGCGAGGUCCAAGCCUUGCGGCCUGCGCCAUACAAGCCAUGGCUUGAUGGUGUGUUCCAUGUAGUGGGUGAUGGUGACGCGGGAUGCAUGGUGGUGAACACCUGCACCGUAACUCGACACUUCGCGUACUGCCGCCCAGGGGUGGAUGCAGGAUGGAACAUCUUCGAUGAACGCAAGGACAUGUGCCAUAAUACAUAUUGUGGUGGGAGGUUCUUUGUUAAUACAGGCGACAAAAGAACGCUCAUCAUUGAUGCUGACACACGUGAUGUCAUGACCAUAGUACCGGCACCAUCCAUGGAGAAUUUUGCCACUGCCCUCGGUGACUACCUGGUGGCAUCGCACGGGAAGAUUCUGAGGGCCCUUCAAUAUCCACAUGAUGGAAACCAAGUUGCAUCUGCGUCGGACUACUACUUCAAUGUGUACCAGCUGGACAUGCUCGACGACAACAAGGCUAGAUGGAGAAAGGUAGAGACCAUCGGGAAUGCAGUGCUCUUCUUUGAUAACCAUGGCCAUGGAUUUUCACUAGAACCCAAUGACUCGGCGGGGCUGAGGCGAGACUGCAUCUACUUUGUGCACAAGAAGCGGAUGUGGGUGCGAUUUUGUAAUUACCGCUCCUUAUGUCGUUAUAGUAUUCAUGACGGAAGGGUUGACAAGACUAUGUCAUUAGCUAACAAGCUUGGGGAAACCUGGGUUAUCCCUAGCUUGUGUUAUGCCGAUGAAUAG